CCUUUUCCCUCCUGCGUUGCCCGUCGGCUGGUGCCGGCGCCCCGGCAGGGACGGAAGCGCGCAGGGGCUGUGAGUGCGGGGGCGCGAACCGUCCCUGCCGCCGCCUCCUCCUGAAGGGAGCGGGGCCGCCCUUGCCUCCUCCCGCAGGGCGCCGCGCUUAUGAGAAGCGUGGAAGCUGCCUGGAAUUCUGGAGCUGUGCUGAAAGAAAACAGGGCAGUAUUUGAAGACUUGACAAAUGCAUCCCAGGCUGAAAAACUGCACUUCUCCUCUUCCUCCUUUAGAAAACUGACUUCUUUAAAGAGAGGUAAGAGGGAAGCUAUAGAAGUAAGAAAAUGUUGGGAUCAGAACGAGGUGUGGUGGAAGACUGGCUGUCAGAAUUCAAGGCAUUACCUGAAACACAAAUUUCCAGCUAUGCAGCUACACUGCACCGAAAAAAAACAUUGGUACCAGCUCUUUAUAAAGUUAUUCAAGACCCAAAUAAUGAGCUCCUGGAGCCUGUUUGCCACCAGCUCUUUGAACUAUAUCGCAGUUCUGAAGUUCGGCUAAAGAGGUUCACAUUGCAAUUUUUGCCAGAGUUGAUCUGGGUGUAUCUCCGUCUUACUGCCAGCAGGGAUAGGCAAAGUAAUGGUUGCAUUGAAGCAUUGCUACUUGGCAUUUACAACUUGGAAAUUGCUGACAAAGAUGGAAACAACAAAGUUUUAUCUUUCACCAUCCCUUCAUUAUCUAAACCCUCCAUAUAUCAUGAGCCCUCUACAAUUGGAUCCAUGGCAUUAACUGAAGGAGCUCUCUGUCAGCAUGAUCUCAUCAGGGUAGUUUACAGUGAUCUUCAUCCUCAAAGAGAAACCUUCACAGCACAGAACCGGUUUGAGGUGCUGAGCUUUCUCAUGCUGUGCUACAAUUCUGCUAUUGUCUAUAUGCCUGCCUCUUCUUACCAAUCACUUUGUAGGAUGGGUUCCAGGCUGUGUGUGAGUGGAUUUCCACGGCAGCAUGAGAAAUGCUGGAAAGAACACUGUGGAAGAGUGGUGUUGGACCCUGACUUCAUGGUGCAGCUGCUCACAGGUGUCUAUUAUGCCAUAUAUAAUGGUCAAUGGGAUCUUGGCCAGGAGGUAUUGGAGGACAUAAUUUACAGAGCACAGCUUGAACUCUAUUCACAGCCUCUGUUGGUUGCAAAUGCCAUGAAGAACUCACUGCCCUUUGAUGCUCCUGAUGUAUCACAAGAAGGCCAGAAAGUACUGAAAGUAGAAGUUACUCCAACAGUGCCGAGGAUUUCUCGGACUGCCAUUACAACAGCUUCUAUCCGUCGUCACCGCUGGAGGAGAGAAGAUGGCUUUGACUUCUCAAACGAGGCUGACUCAAGCAUACCUGGCUCACCGAUCCAACACGGCUCCACAGACCUAGGGAUCAAACGUGAGCAAGAGGGGGAGGUGCUGAUGCGCAGGACCCCUGAGCAUGGCUUCCCGGAGCCCACCUUGGCAGCAGCCACAACAGAGGAUGCUGAAGGUGUAAAUGGAAGAGAAGAAUCUGUGAACCUUAAUGAUGCUGAUGAAGGAUUUUCAUCAGGAGCUUCCCUCAGCAGCCAGCCGGCUGGGACCAAACCUCAAUCAUCUGUAUCCCAGAAGGGCAGCUUAAGGAAAACAGCAAGUGGACGUUCUGUUAAGGAUAAAGAAACCUCUUCUGCAGCAAAAUCCAAUGAGAGCCCUCGAGAUUCAGUAGCUCGGAAGCAGUACAUACACCAAUCCAUUGACCUUGGUGCAGAUAUGAUUGAGAUGACGCCUACUAAGAAACACCUCAGCCUGCCUGCUGGGCAGGUGGUGCCAAAAGCCAACAGUUUGAGCCUGAUCAGGACUGCCAGUGCUUCCUCCAGUAAAUCAUUUGACUACGUCAAUGGCAGUCAAACAGGCUCCAGUGCUGGAGUUGAUACAGAAGGUGUUACCAAUCUAGCCGCUGGCAGUACCAAUCGGUUUUCAACUAUCAGCCUACAGGAGGACCAACUAGGCCAAGCUGGGGAAGGUAAAGAUCUUCUGCCCCCAGGAGCUCCCUUAACCAAGCAGUCUCGAUCUCCAAGUUUCAAUAUGCAGCUGAUAUCCCAGGUGUAACUUUAUCGCCCUUCAUUAGGACUCCCUUUUUCCCCUAAAUCCCCAGGCAAGUUCAUCUGUAGGCAAAACAAGAACCAUCAUCCUGCAGUGUGAAAAUACUGACUGUUGUGAUCUUGUUUGAUUUGGUCUAGCUAUCAUACUGUAUUACUGAAACAGCAAUAAUUCUUCCCUCACCUUCAUUUCUCCCCCUUGUAAAGAUGGUUGUGAAGCAGUAUAUGAUGUACUGUAUGCCUAUUUCCAUGCCUUCCUUUCUCCUUGGGUGACGUGCAAUCCAUCGUAGGCUGAUCAGUCCCAUUUCAACACUGUGAGACUGGAGACACCGGCAGAAAUGGUGAAUGUGAUCCCUAUGAGAUGAUGCUUUGGCUCUGCUAAGAAAUAGAAACGGGUUUGUUUUCUCGAUCUACAGUACUGCAAAGACUUACUGGAUAAUGACUUUUCUUUCUCAGAACCAGGAGUGCCUCAGAGAUUCUGAUGUGACUUUGGACCUCUCUGAGUUUGUGCAAUCAAUUCUGGGGAGGGGAUCGUCGUUGCUGCUCCUGGCUGCCUACAGCACUUUUUCAUUAAAAUGAGGGUAGAUUUUUCUUGCCUGCCCCCAGUCUCUCAUCCCAGAAGCUUUUGAUGUUCAGCAACUGAGACAUGCGUAUUAACAAGCUGUUUUCCCUCAGAGAGAGGAUUGUAAGUAGAUAAUGUAGGUUACAAUGCACUUCUAAUGGCGUUGUAGCCAUAUGUAAUGUUACAUGUCUUCCCUUCCAGAACGCAGGGUCAUUCUGAAUAUAGACUAAAAUCUAGAUGAGACCAUGCUGUUAAAGCAAUUUGGUUUGUAAAUGGGAGGGAGACACUACUUUCCCAGGAACUAAUGGCUAGCUUUGCUCCAUUUUUUGUUAUUGGUGUUCUUGUUGUUGUUGUUUUUCUUCUGAGGUGGUGAUCACUGAGAUGAAAGGUGUAUUUGGGUAAAGAGUAUUUCUCAGGCUGCUUUCUAUGGUGUCAUAGAUGUUAGACAUCCCCAACUCUCUCAGCUGCUUUCUCAGUGUCCCUAAAUUCAAUCAUGGAGUCACUUUAAGAAUCUUGCAGUCCAGACAGACCAUCCUCUUAAGGGGCUGUCUCAGGGAUAGAGACAAUAGUUUGCUAGAAACACUGAAGCUUUAAUGUGAAAUGCUUUUCUAGAAACACUGUUUUCACAAAGGGGUACUGAUAGUCCUUUUUUCCAGAAGGAUCACACUUCAUUGCCUUGGUAUAUCUAAUCUGUUAGGUUUUUUAACUGUUAUCUUAGCGGAUAGGCCCCUUCUCUAGAAAAGGCAAAAUUCAUGCCAUUGAGCCAAGCCUUGAAUGUAUAUGACUGGUGUACAGUGGACACUGGCUGGUACUUAUGCUACAGAACAGUGCUUGGAAGCACACUUCUGAUUACAUAGGAAAAUGUUUGUCAUCCUCUCUCUCUCUCUCUCUCUCUCCCUCUGGAUAGCUAGAGAGCAAAGGGGAAAGUUCAUCCUGUAUUCUUAAGUAAUGUAUGGUAUCCUGGAAGUUUACAAACUGUAAAUGCACAGAAAAGUUACGAUCUUCACGUGGGCACUUUGGUUUCACUUUCACUGUGAAGAAUAAACACAAGCUGCUAAAAAUAGCAGGUUAUCUUUGAAUGACAGAUAGACAGAAAUUCAGGACAAUAACAUGGUGUAACAUUGCUGGUAUUUUUUUUCUUUUUUUCUUUUGAGCCUCUUUCAGAUUGAACGUUUUUUUUUUCAAAUUUACAUUAAAAUUCAUUUAAGUAUUUGACAUGUUUUUGUGCUUUGACAAGUCACUUUGGCAGUCUAGUCUUCAGAUCUCACAUUCAUAAAAAAGUGAAUUAAAUGGCAGCUGGACUGAUGGAGAAAUUUAGUUAGAGUAAAUAGAAUCAUCAGAAAGAAAGCCUUGCUGUUUCAAAAUUGAAGUUAAUCUUUAAAGGUAGAACUAAGGUAAAGGUGAGAUAAAAUUAUGAGGGAUUUUCUGUAAGAAUGUCAAAAGCUGUAUAUGAAUUGCCUCUGCGUUUAUUUUAUCAAGUUUUGCUGGUGGAGACAAUUGGCAGGUUAUGGUUGUGCAGAAAUUCACUUGGUAGUUUGUUUCCUGAAAGUGCAAAUUUGUGUUGUAGAGACCAUC